AUGGGCGACCUUGGGGAGUUAAUCCUCGAAUUCUGGAUAGCACUCCCACAAGAAGGGAUAGGGUCUGAAACGCCCUCCUCCCAUAACGCAUCACAUGAUGCUGGCAAGACAAAUCUCCAUGCCUUCAUUUUACCUGUUCGCCGUUUUUUACUGGGUUGCAAUUCCAAGGCGGUCCUUUCUCCCAUCAGAGCAUCGCGCAACCUUAUUGUGGGGACGUCGAGCGAAGUCAGGCCGAUCGUUUGCCCGGGGAUUAAACAGCACUUUGCGCCGGUUACUUUGGCUGGAAGGGAGGGCCGAUUGCUGGUGUUCCCUAACUUGAUUUGCAAUGGCUAUUCUCAGGAUUCUCACACUACACCGGAGGAUGAUUUGGCCGGUUACUAG